AUGGAUGUCCAUAUUCCUGGUCAUGAAGGGAUUGGUACCAUAGUGAAACUCGGAAGCGACGUGGGCAAUGAGCGUGCACUCGGCCAGCGGGUCGGGAUCAAAUGGAUUCACGAGACAUGUGGUGAUUGCGAAAUCUGUGAACGUGACUCGACUGCAUGCCCUAAUCAGCACAACUCUGGCCGCGAUAGGCCUGGCACGCUGCAAGAGUAUGUCACAGUUCCGGCAAAGCACGCUUCACCUAUUCCAGAUGGAAUCAGCGGUCAUAUAGCGGCGCCCCUGCUCUGUGCUGGCUUGACAAUUUUCUCUGCUGUAAAUAAGACAAAUAUACGGGAGGGUGACUUUUUGAUCAUUACUGGCGCUGGUGGAGGUUUAGGUCAUAUCGGAGUCCAAAUCGCCAAUCGACGAGGUUUCAAAGUCAUUGCGAUUGAUGCUGAAAGUAAACGACAAUUUUGCAUCGACAACGGUGCGCAGCAUUUUAUACCAUUUACGCAUCCGAGAAUCGAAGACGAAAUGCAAAAAAUAACUGGCUGCGGCGGCGCGCACGCUAUCAUAUGCUGUGCGGGUGCAGAGACGGGCUAUAAUCAAGCUCCUCGUCUACUCCGUCGAGGAGGCACAAUGGUUUGCGUCGGCCUGCCCGCCAACACAGCUUAUAAGAUUCCAAUUGGACCCUUUGAUAUGGUCGUGCAGGGCCUUAGAAUCGUUGGAACGUCAGUGGGGACGGAAGCAGAGCUACAAGAGCUACUGGCUCUAGCUGAGAAGUGCGAUAUCCUUCCAGUCACACAUGUCUUACCUUUAGAGAAGUUUGAAGAGGCGAUAGAGGCUGUGAAGACAUCUGCCAUUUCUGGGAAAAUGGUUCUGAGAAUGGCCUCCUAG